UCGUGGGUGCUUUGUGCGCUCUCCCGUAUAAAAUUUUCGGUUUUCGCGUAAAAUUGUUGUUAACUUUACAUAUUUAAUUAGUAUAGCUUUAGAAGUGUUGACAUAUUGUUAAUAUUAUUAGUGUGUCUGCUCGUUGAGUCAGUCGUUUAGAUAUUUUUCCUCAAUACAAAGAGAAGUCGCAUCGGGGCGCAGUUCGUUCAUUGUUGGUGCGUUGUUGGCAGCUCUGCCAAAAGCAACAAACGGUAAAAUUCCCACAGUCAUUGCACUAACGGCACAAACUGCUGCUGACCUCGACCUAGACAAUUUUCCCAUACGAAUUUUGUUGUUGCCGGCAAAGAAGAAUUGAUUUUCGACUACAGUAGACUCGGAUCGCAACCUAUAGUACAGAGAGAGAGAGAGACAGAGGUGUUUGAUUUCCCUUUUGGUGGUCUUUCGCUCCCUCAGCCGUAACGGUUAGCGGCCCUGUACAUCACAAAUCAAAAAUACGCAUAUUAUGAACCGCACCAGAAGGAAAGUCGUCCGUCCAAAGAAUCCCUACACCAAAGCGAACUGCUUCUCACAAUGGACAUUCUGGUGGAUGCGGGAUCUUUUCAAGCGUGGCCUGCAGGGUCCGCUCACGGACGAGGAACUGUACCAGCACAGAAAGACGCUGGACAGCGAGCGGGUGACCAACAAGUUCAACGAGUUGUGGGAGGACGAGAAGAAGCGGAGCAAUCCCAGUGUGGUGCGCAUGAUACUGCGUGCAUAUGGAACGAUCUUCAUUCCCUUGGGUCUGGCGUACUCGGUCGCUGAGUCGUGUUGCAAAUCUCUUAUGCCCCUGUUUCUUGGUGGGCUAGUGGGCUACUUUGCCACGAACCAAACCACGGUCAGCGAAGAGACGGCCUAUAUGUACGCGCUGGGGAUUGUGAUUUGCAUGCUGGUACCUGUGAUAACAUUCCAUCCCUUCAUAUUCUACAUCUUCCAAGUGGGCACAAAGCUGCGCCUCGCCCUCUCCGGCCUCAUCUAUCGAAAGUGUCUGCAGGUAUCAAAGAGCAGCAGCAACGAUGGCCUGCGCGCCAGAGCCAUCAACAUACUCUCCAAUGAUCUCGGGCGCUUCGAUGUGGCAUUGUGCUUCCUGCACGACACGUGGAAGGGCCCACUGGAAUCACUGCUGAUUGGCUUCCUCAUGUACCGCGAGAUUGGUCUGUCCGCUGUGAUAGGCGUGUCCUUCAUGAUCAGCUUUAUCCCACUACAGGCGUGGGCAGCCAAGAAAGCCGCCUAUUACCGACAGAUGACCGCCGAGAGGACAGAUAUGCGCGUGAAGCUGAUGAACGAGAUCAUCCAGGGCAUACAGGUGAUCAAGAUGUAUGCCUGGGAAAAGAGCUUUGCCCGCGUGGUGGCUGAGGUACGCCUGAAGGAAGUGAAAGCCAUUCGGGGCACUGCCUACAUCCAUGCGGCGCUUGGAUGCACCUCCAUGAUAUCACCGCUGUCUGUGUUCUUAGCCCUGUGCUCCUAUGUCUACUUUGGAGAUGCCUUAACGGCUCAAAAGGUGUACACCGUGUCCUCCUACUUCAACAUGUUGAAUGACUCGAUGGUUCACUUCUGGCCGCUGUCCAUCACCUUCAUUGCCGAGGCCUUGGUUUCGGCACAACGCUGCAAGGAAUUCCUGCUGGACGGGGAUAGAGCUGAGGUGCCCAUCAACCUGGAGGCCAAUAAGCAACAGACAAAGACCAAGCGAACGCUCACCAAGACAGACAUCCAACAAAAUGUGGAGCUGAACGGGUCGCUUUUGUCCAAUGGUCUGCCGCAGCACAGCCGUCUCAGGGAUUACAAUCCGGACGCGGGAAAGAAAUGCGUGAUCCUGAAGAAUGUUUCAGCCUCGUGGGACACUAGCGAUGGGCACCCCAGCUGCGCCAUUGAGAACUUCAGUACGGAGAUACAGGAUCAAACUCUUGCUGCAGUUGUCGGACCCGUGGGCGCUGGCAAAUCGAGCUUCCUAAACGUGCUCCUAGGGGAAGUGGGCAUCGACAAGGGCGAAGCUCUGGUGCAUGGAAAGGUCUCAUAUGCCUCCCAGGAGCCCUGGGUCUUUGAGGGGACCAUCCGCGAUAACAUUGUGUUCGUGGAGGACUACAAUGAGCGAAGAUACAAGAAGGUUGUGAAGGCCUGUGGCCUGGAGCGUGAUAUGGAGCUACUCCCGAGGGGCGAUCUGACAGUGGUGGGCGAGCGAGGCGUUAGUCUCAGCGGUGGACAAAAGGCCAGAGUAAGUCUGGCUCGUGCCGUCUACCGCAAGGCGGAUAUCUACCUCCUGGAUGAUCCCCUAUCCGCCGUGGACACUCACGUGGGCAAGCACAUCUUCGAUCGCUGCAUACGCGACUUUCUUUCCAACAAGAUACGCAUUCUGGUGACCCACCAAGUGCAGUACUUGUUCGAUGUGGAGCACCUGCUGCUGAUGGGAUCGGGCAAGAUUGUCGCACAGGGCAGCUAUCAGGAGCUUCAGCGCUCUCGUCAGUUCCAGUUCCUGGAGCAGACGCAUGACGAGAGCGGCAUCGAUACGCACAGCGUUAGCAGCUAUGUGUCCCGCAGCGACUCGGAGAAGAGUUUGGAACACCACCAACACAAUCGGCCACUUCUGCGCCCGGAUGAGCAAGUGGAGGAGCUAAACCAGGAACAGCAGUCUGUGGGCUCCGUAAAGCUGCACGUCUACGCCUCAUACUUGAAGGCACUGGAGAGUACGUUCCGCUUGGGCCUGAUUGUGACGCUGUUUGUCUGCGCCAGAGUCAUGCUUACCGGUGUAGAUUACUUCCUGUCGCGAUGGGUCAUUUGGGAAGAGAAAAUUGGAGCCAAUGUCACCGCAGCAACCUUAUUAAGUGAUACGGAUCUGAUGCCCACAAAUGAUACACUGCCACUCAAUAUCACCGACUCUGCGGCAACUCCUUUUAAUGGCAGCGUUGAGGCCAGCAUUCGCCAAGAGCUUGUCCUCUUCUACGCCAUCAUACUGGGCGCAACGUUGAUUGUCUACUUAAUACGCACAUUCGGGUUCUUCAAGAUGUGCCUGCGCAUCUCUCUGCACCUGCACGACCGACUGUUCCGCGGCAUUACCCGCGCCACCAUGUACUUCUUCAACACGAACUCUUCGGGGCGCAUAUUAAAUCGCUUCUCCAAGGAUAUACGCACUGUGGAUACGGAUUUGCCGCACACGCUUUUGGACUGCUUGGCGUUCGUCAUUGAUGUCUCUGGCGUGCUGAUUAUUGUGGCCAUUGCCAACUAUUGGCUGCUGGUGCCCGCUUUCUUCCUUGUUUUGAUCCUUGGCGGGAUUCGCUAUCUCUAUGUGAAUACAAGUCGCAGUGUAAAGCGUCUGGAGUCCAUAUCCCGCAGUCCUGUCUUUUCGUUGACAAAUCAAACCUUCCAGGGGCUUACCACGAUACGCGCUUUGGAGGCACAGAGCGCCUUAGAGUCAGAGUUUCACGAAUACCAAAACGCCAACACAUCGGCCUGGUUCCUCUUCCUGUCCUGCACACGUGCCUUUGCCCUGUGGUCGGAUCUGCUAUGCAUCGCCUACAUGACCGCCGUGACCUUUAGCUUCCUGCUGCUGCGCAAUGACUUUGACAGCGGAGAUGUGGGAUUGGCGAUCUUGCACUCCACCACGAUGACGGGAAUGUGCCAGUGGGGCAUGCGACAGACAGCCGAGUUGGAGAACCAAAUGACCAGCGUGGAGCGAGUGAUCGAGUACACAGAGCAGCCAUCGGAGCCGCCGCUAGAGACCGCUGAAAAGUUUAAGCCUAAAACCGAGUGGCCCAGCAAGGGACGCAUUGAGUUUAUCAACUUUAAGCUGCGCUACUCGCCAAAGGAGGAAACUGUGCUCAGGAAUCUGAACUUCACCAUCGAAUCGCGCGAAAAGAUUGGAAUUGUGGGUCGCACCGGCGCCGGCAAAUCAUCGAUCAUACAGUCGAUCUUCCGUCUGGCCUGCAACGAGGGCAUGAUCCGCAUCGACGACAUUGAUAUCGAGCACAUGGGAUUGCAUGAUCUGCGAAGUCGCAUUUCGAUUAUACCCCAGGAUCCAGUUCUGUUUUCGGGCACAUUGCGCUAUAAUCUCGACCCCAAGGACGAGCGCUCCGAUGAGGAAAUGUGGAAGGCUCUGGGAGAUGUAGAGCUGCGCUCCUACGUAUCCACAUUGAUUGGUGGACUCAACUGUCGCAUGUACGAUGGCGGCUCCAACUUCAGCGUGGGCCAGCGGCAGUUGGUAUGUCUGGCGCGAGCCAUUUUGAGGCACAACAAAAUUCUCAUCAUGGACGAGGCCACAGCCAAUGUUGAUCCAGAAACGGACAAGCUUAUCCAGCAGACAAUCCGGUCCAAGUUUGCCCACUGUACGGUGCUGACAAUUGCCCAUCGAUUGCACACCGUGAUGGACAGCGAUCGUGUGCUGGUAAUGGAUGCGGGCGAGGCCCGUGAACUGGGACAUCCCUACGAGCUGCUGCAGCGACCAGGGGGCUAUCUACGCCAACUUGUGGACAACACGGGAGCGGCAACAUCAUUUGCCCUAAAGCAAUCGGCCGAGCAGAGCUAUAGCAAGCGGCUGCUUGGCGACGACACUGCCACCGACGACGACCUGAACAUCACACUGGCUCUGCAAGAGCAGACUGAGUAACUGAAACACGCACUCUCCGCAAUCACUUCAACACACAAAAUCUGCUUAAGGAUUAUAGCAUAGGAACUGAAAGUAUUAUGUACAUAGCAAAUUUGUAUGUACUUAAAGUCACCGAACUACUUAUUGCCUUGUACUUAGGAGAUAUGUAUGUAAAUAUGUGUAGUUUAAGCCGUGUUAGCCUUAUUUAAUACCACGAAUUUAUGUAUGUAUCGCAUCUGUUCCACUUGCUAGUAGUAGUAAGUACUGUACUACCGUUUACCGUGCUAUGUACUCGUAUGUUUUGUACACCCUGUGUUCUACAAUUGGCAAACCAAUGCAAAGCAAUUCGCAUUCGCCGCGUGCUCUAAUCGAAAGCAAACUUCAAUCAAAUUAAGACAAAAGAAAUGAGUUAAAUAAGGUACUUUUAAAUCAGAAAUAUAGGUAGCAAAUGUAAUAUAGUAUAUGUAUUACAAAUUCGUACUUAUCAAUACGUACAAUCUCAAUAAAGUGCCUGAAAAUUA